GUACCACCGGUACUGCUGUGGCCACAACUUGCCUUACGUCAACACCAAUCGUAAACUACCGAUUCCCCCAAAUAUCACAUGAUUAACGGUCCAGUGUGCACUGCGCACUCCAUUUCACCUCAACCAAACCACCUUCCCCAAGCUAACCUGCGCCUUCUCAAUGGCUUCCCCUUCUUUCUCCACUCUCUCCCUCUGUCACCAUAAACCCACUGCUCCCGCCCUCGGCCGAUUACGGUUCGGCGGCGGUUCGACGAUCCGGUUCGCGAGGGUCCAGAAGAAUCGGAAAUUCGGAAUCCCGGUCUGCAGAGCGGGUUCCGCCGUCGUCUUCCGGAACCUCGACGCCGACGAUUUUCGCCACCCUCUUGACAAACAGAAUACGUUGAUUCUGAGAGCGAUUCCGGGGUUGAAUGAACUUGGAAAAGCUCUUCUAGGAACUGUAGCGGAGCAGGUCAUGCUCCUUGAGAACAUCGGGACAUCGAUACUUGUUUCCAAAAAUCAGCUUCCUGAUCUUCACCAUUUAAUAGUUGAAGCUGCAGAAAUAUUAAAUGUUGAUGCCCCUGAUCUAUAUGUUCGGCAAAGUCCUGUGCCAAAUGCAUAUACAUUAGCUAUUAGUGGCAAACGACCAUUCGUUGUUGUUCAUACUAGCCUUGUGGAGCUUCUGACAAGAGCCGAGUUGCAGGCUGUUUUGGCUCAUGAGCUGGGUCAUCUAAAAUGUGAUCAUGGUGUGUGGCUUACAUAUGCAAAUAUUCUAACCCUUGGAGCCUAUACUGUACCUGGCAUUGGCAGUUUCAUAGCUCGGAGUUUGGAAGAGCAGUUGUUCCGCUGGCUUCGGGCAGCUGAGUUGACUUGUGAUCGUGCAGCUCUUCUUGUUGCCCAAGACCCUAAAGUUGUCAUCUCUGUUCUCAUGAAAUUAGCUGGGGGAUGCCCAUCUUUGGCUGAUCAAUUAAAUGUGGAUGCGUUCCUGGAGCAAGCACGUUCUUACGAGAAAGCUGCUUCCAGCCCAGUUGGGUGGUAUAUCAGGAAUGCACAAACGAGGCAACUGUCGCAUCCUCUGCCAGUUCUACGUGCUAGUGAAAUUGAUGAAUGGUCAAAAAGUCCUGCUUACACAUCUCUUUUGAAACUUGGGACAAAGACGAGAUCAACACAAAGUGUCUAGAAGUGUCUGCGUGGUUGUUUCAAAAUGGAAAACAGCUCGAGGUUCAUCUGUCCCAGGCGGCAGAUGAUCAAAAGUUGUUGGGAAGCAGUAGGAUUUAUUGCGGAUUCUAUGGCUGGUGCACAACUCUUGUACUAAUAUUGUAAAUCUGCAACUAUAUUCACUGUGAUUGUAAUAUUCGUCAAACUGUAAGUAGAAUUUUGAUGAAAAUAGAUAGGAAUUAUUUCAUAGAAACAUUGACCCUUGGAAAGGAAGGAACCGUAUGUAUAAUUCUAGUCGAUAAUUUUCCUUCGACAAAUUAGAAACGCUACUUGUAAAGUAUUUCUAUGAAUAAUACUGAGUACAAAAUUUGUACGUGUCCAAA